AUGGCUGAGCACCCGGGUUUCGAGAUCGGUCACUGCUCUUUAGCGGCAGAGUACGAGGACCUUCAGCAACUAGCAGGCGAGGACAGCUCUUCUAUGGGCGCAGACUUCAGUCUUCCCAACAAGAGUCUACAGUUCCCGUGGAGUCGCCCUGGAACACUGCAGAGGUACCUGACGGAUGGAGAUGACCCAUAUACUCCGGCCAAAGCCCACAUCGAGCGUCAUUUGGCACUCUCCUCAGCCCAGGAUGCACUGAAUUGGCUGUCCUCUGAGGCUUGUGUCUUACAACCUCCAUCAUGGUCGAAACCCAUGAAAAUCUAUUUUCACACUCCAUCGGGCCAUCAUAUGGGCUCGGCAACAUGUGGAGGACUCCUCAGCUACGAAGGUAGUUACUACUAUCUCACGGCGGCCCAUGCAGUCCACCCGGCAGGCUCUCACAGCCCUGAAAUCAAGUUACCUGAACCCCAAAGCGAUCCGUCGAGUGAUUCUGACGAUUUCGAAAUGACUGGCGUGGAGGACUGGGGCGACGAUACAGAUGAAAGCUCUGAGGCAUUGACUACGCUCACAAGCCCUGGAAGCAGGACGUCGUCCGAGGAUUCAGAAAACGAGGACAGCCAGCUGGGUAAAUCGGACUCGCUACGAUCAUCUGAAUUGAGCAUCCAGGAAGCCGGAUCUGAUCGGACGAUUAUGGAACCUACAUCAACGCCUCCGGUUGACUUCAUUGACGACACAGUGCCCGAUAUUUGUGAGCGUGUCGGGCGGGUGGCUGCUUUUCACCAAGAGCUGGACUUCGUCCUGGUUAAGAUGACGUCUGUCACGGCUGAGUUGGCAGACUCACACGAGUUCUUUCAGAAUGCGAUUGCUAUGGAGAGGCUGGUUACCGAUUAUCCGGCUUCUAUGAUCGAGGACGACUUGAGCGACACUUCCAUCAUGGUCAAAACAACCCACCAGCCCGAGAUAAUAGGCCAUCGAUCUCAAACGCCGGUAUAUACCAGAUUACCGGGAACCGAGAGCUUUCAGCUACUUUAA